GGGCUGAAGUGGAGCCCCGACGGGGCGAUGAUCGCCAGCGGGGGCAACGACAACAAGCUGUCGGUAUGGUCGAUCAGGGCUGGCCGCAACCUUGUCGAGUUCAAGGAGCAUCAGGCCGCGGUCAAGGCUAUCGGCUGGCGCUCGUCUGAGCUGCUGGCGUCCGGGGGAGGCGCUGCCGACCAGCAUAUCAGGAUGUUUUCGACCCAGUCGCUAACGCAGCUGCAGGCGGUCAACACAGGCUCGCAGGUCUGCAACCUGCUCUUCUCUCCAAUCUCGGACCAGAUGGUCAGCACGCACGGCUACGCGCUCAACGAGAUCAACGUCUGGAACCUGGAGGGCGAGAAUGCCCGCCUCCGCAGGGCCGACACCCUGACAGGCCACGGCCACAGGGUGCUCUACCUAGCCGGCUCUCCAGACGGCAGCUCCAUCGUCACGGGCACAGGCGACGAAACUCUCCGCUUCUGGAAGGUGUUCAGUCAGCCCUCGAAGACCGAAAGCAACCUCGAAUCCGCACAUAUCGAGCUGCGUUGA